CUACAAAACAAGUGAAAACGUCUACCAAAAAUGUCAUGCCCGGAUUGUUUCCGCGGCUCUGUCCAUGAAGGCGAGCCGCGCGGCCAAGUUACUCAUGCCUACGGGCGAGAGACAUACGUUGUUGAGCCGGCCAAUGGGCAGCCUGCGAAAGGCAUUGUGGUCAUUCUUCCAGAUGCAUUUGGAUGGUCCUUUGCCAAUGUAAGGCUUCUUGCGGAUCAGUAUGCCGACAAGGGUGGAUUCAAGGUGUAUGCGCCUGAUUUCAUGGACGGCCGAGCCGCACCGCUAUAUAUGCUUGAGAGUAUGAAAAUAUUAUCAUCAUCAGCUGGAAUCUUCUCUAAAAUUUAUCACGUGGGCCGCGCUCUAGGUGGCGUACUCCCCUUUAUCAUCUACAAUUGGCCCUCUAGAGCAUGGCCUAGAGUCAAAGGCUUCUUCGAGCAGCUUCGAAAAGAAGAAGGCGCUUCGCUUCCGGUUGGCGCUGCUGGCUUUUGCUGGGGUGGCAAGCAAGUCAUUCUGCUAGGUCACGGAGAUACGAUUGACGGGAGACCGCUGAUUGAUGCCGGAUUCACGGGGCAUCCGAGUCUUUUGACUCUUCCCAGCGACAUUGAAAAGCUAAAGCUGCCAGUGUCAUUUGCCAUGGCCGAGCAUGAUGAAUAUCUCUCGGUGGAAAAGGCUGAGUCUAUCAGGGCCAUUGUUGAAGCGAAGCCCGAAGGUGCUCGCGGAGAAGUAACCAUCUAUCCUGAGACUGGGCAUGGAUUCUGCGUUCGAGCGGACCAAAAGUUUCCGCAAUCUGUGAAGCAGGCAGAUGAUGCACUUGAGCAGUGCAUCAAAUGGUUUAAUGCUCAUUUUAGCAGUGCUUCACAAUCAUCUUGA